UUACAGUUUGAAAACAUGCCCCAGCUGGUCAAGGCGAGAGUCAACGUUGUUUGUGAUGAACCUGACAAGUUUCUAGGAUCUCUUGCCUCAACCCAAUAUCUUUCUUUGUGUUGUGUCACUUCAGAGACUCCGGAUUCGUAUCCUCCUACUCCUACUGGGACUUCUUUCGUAUAUCUUGACCAUCUAGAGCUAUGUUUAUGUUCUACGGAGUGGUGGAACUUACUGACCUGUAUACUCGAUGAUGCUCCGAAACUUCGAGUUCUCAAGCUCAAAUUGUAUCGAAAACAUUGUGUCCGGUACAACGAGGCCAUUGAUCAAUGGAACCAACCAGAUUAUGUUCCCAUGUGUUUAUCAUCAUAUCUUGAGAUCUUUGAGUGGAGGCAAUACAACGGUGAAGAGCAAGAGAGAGAAGUUGCAAAGUACAUUCUAGCAAACGCGAGUCGUCUAAAGAAGGCGACAUUCUACUCAGAAUCUGGAGAGAAGCAUGGGAUAUUGAAAGUUAGAAUAUAUGGCCAGAGGUUCAACGACAUGCAAGCUUGUGUUUGAUUAAACGCUUGUGUUAUCAACAAUUAUAAAGAGAAUAAUAUGCAUCUUUCAUUGAUUC